AUGGCUAGAUUAAUGCGUAUUUUAUGCACUAAGGAGUUGGCUCUUGAUUGUAAGACUAGGUGGAAUUCAACUUAUUUGAUGCUUUCUAUUGCUUUGCUUUACAAAGAUGUGUUUUUUCGAUUGAGACAAAAAGAUUCAUUUUAUACUUGGGUGCCAAGUGAAGAAGAGUGGAGACUAGCAAAAGAAAUUUGUGAAAAGUUAGAGUUGUUUCAUGAUGAGACCAAAGUAUUUUCAAGCUCUAAGUAUCCUACAGCUAAUGUCUACUUUACUAAGGUUUAUGAAGUGAAAAUAGCUUUAAAUGAAUGGAUUUUGUCUUCUAAUCAGAAAGAAUUUAAUCCUUCUUCAUUUGGUACUUCAACAUGUACAAAUACUUCAACUUUUGCUAUUAAUUCUACUCAUCUGGUGGGGAAGGAUUUUCUUUUUGGGUUUGAUUUGUUUGUGAGGAGUGAUAACAAAGUUGAAAAUGUGAAUGUGGAAUUAGAUUAUUAUCUUGAGAAUGGUGUGGUUCCUAAAACUGAGGAGUUUGAUAUUUUAUCAUGUACAAAUGGUAGAUUAUUGAGUCCAUAUCAUAAUAGGCUUAAUUCUAAUACAGUUGAAGCAUUGAUGUGUGCUCAAAAUUGGCUAUGGACAAAGAUAAAAGAUUCAUCUAAUCUAGUAGAAGAUAGCACUUUUGAGAUAAUUCUUGAUGAUUUGGAUGAUUUUGAUGAAGAAUAUUCUGUGAUUGAAAAUGAAAUUAAUUGA